GACUAUGCUCGGACAUAGGCCUGUGGUGCAUGCUACCCAGAUGAUGGAAAAUAUUUCAGUUCGUUCAGACGCUGGUUGUUAAAAAGCCUAAUAUUCUAACGACGCGGUGGGCUAACCGACUCUGCAAGCCAGCCUUGCAACACUAACUAACUGGGUGGUUUUAAGUGUUGACACACAGGAAACCGUCUAGCAGUUGAGAGAAGCCGUCCUGAAACAUGGAGGCAUGUUAUCUGCUCUUUCUGUGCAUCUGUGCUGCUUCAUGUUCAUUGGAUAAAGUUCCAGUUAAGGGACCAGGACCAGGAGCUCUUCAUAACAUCAGCAAGAAUGAUCCUGGGGUUAAGAAGGCCGUGUUAUCAGGAACCAACACCUUUAACAACCAAUCCAACGACGCAUUCCUGUUCAAAGCCUCAGCUGUAGACAGUGCCCAGAGACAGAUCGUGAAGGGGAUUUUAUAUCAUCUGAAGGUGGAGAUCUCCCGCACCAUGUGCCGGAAGUCGAGCAAGGACACUGACCUGGCCAGCUGCAGGUUCCAGCCCCAGGGACAGCUGCAGCAAACCUUCCUUUGCAACUUCCAAGUGUGGUCUAUGCCUUGGCUUAAAAAGAUGACAACCACCUACUUCUUCUGCCUCCCGUCAGACGAGCUUCCACCUUUCCCUCACCCUGCCCAACACCAACCCUUACCCCACAUCUUUACUGAUGACUGACGCUCAGUAUCCAAACACACAGCCCAACACCAACCCUUACCUCACAUCGUUACUGAUGACUGACGCUCAGUAUCCAAACACACAGCCCAACACCAACCCUUACCUCACAUCGUUACUGAUGACUGACGCUCAGUAUCCAAACACACAGCCCAACACCAACACCAACCCUUACCCCACAUCGUUACUGAUGACUGACGCUAAGAAUCCAAACACACAGAACCACACCAACUCUUACCCCACAUCGUUACUGAUCGCUGACGCUCAAUAUCCAAACCCACAGAACCACACAGUCAGUAUGACAUGGUAGACCAUCUCAGUGUUUUUGCUGUGAAUGUAAGGGUGUGUGUUGGUACUCAAUAAAGGGAUGAAUUGUA